AUGAAAAAUAUAGUUAAAAUAAUAAUAAUUAACUAUUACUGUUUACCAUAUAAUUUUUUAAUAUGUGAUUAUAAAACUAUCAAACCAGAAAAACUUAUUAACACAAAAAGUUUGUUGUUUAGUAAGAAGGAACAAUUGAAAUUACACACAGUGUUUGAGGGCGUUGUAAGCCAAGUUUUAACAGCUGUUCUUGGUAACUUUAUAGAAGGUCUGAGUGCGGACCAAUUGAAGUUAGGGAUUAUAGGUGGAGUGAUUGAACUACACAAUCUCGAAAUCAAGAAGUCUGCACUUGAUUUCUUAAAUCUCCCCGUCUCAGUGAGUCGGGGAGUUUUAGGGAAUUUGACGGUGUUGAUCCCAUGGUCUGAUUUGCUGAACAAACCAAUUCAAGUACUUUUGAGUGAUAUUGCUGGUCUUGUUGAGCCACAAAAAGUCUUUGUUUAUGAUGAGAACAAAGCUAAAGAAGACCUUGCGAACAAAAAGAAAGUCACACUUACCGAAUACGAAAUUCAAAAAGCGUUUGAAGAGACAAAAAAUGCGGGUGACGGGAUUGUGACGCAAUUAAUAGGGAAGAUCAUCGAAAAUAUCAAAAUUUCUAUAGAAAAUGUCCACUUUCAAUUUUUACGUCCAAACACCGAAAAAAGUGCAUUGACCAUUGGUGUUUGUAUUGAGUCAAUCGACGUUUCUACUAUUAAAAACCCAAGUAUACCAAACACUCCCGUGUUUAAGAUGAAAGCUAUUAAAAUCAAUCAUUUCAGUGUAUAUAUCUGCCCAAACUUACUUAUUCAAAACUACUCCGAGUAUAACACUAAACAGUUUUUAACAUACAUGAGAAGCUUAAUACCAUCGCCUUAUUCAGAUAAAGGAUAUAAAAACAAUUUAUUAAUUUCGCCAACAACUAUAGAGUUAGUUGCGGCUAUUAAUAUUUCUAAAGGAUUUAAUAUUAAUUUUUCUAAAGUAGUUGGGCAAGUUAAUAUUUCUGAUAUUCUUGUGACAAUUGAUAAAUCACAAUAUGUAGGUGUCAUUUCUUUAUUAGACAUGUUUUUUGAAUACGGCAUGUCUACAAAAUAUCUGAAGUAUCGUCCACAAAACGUACCUGUCAAAACGAAUCCAAAACUGUGGUGGAAGUAUAUUUAUAAUGUCAAAUUGGAUGAAAUUAAAGAAAAAAACAAACCAAAAUGGAAUGGAAAUGAUAAUGAGGAAUAUAUGGCGUUAUACAAAAAGACGCUCGGCUAUUCGUUUUUGCCAACUUUAACGAAAAAGGAAGUCACUCUUAUGGACGAGUUCGAAUCAAAAAUGGAAACUGAAGAAAUAUUACACAACAGAGAGCGCGCCCGUCGGGAAAUUGAAGCAUUUCUCAUUGAAAAUCCACAACUUCGGAAGAAGAAGAGUUUUGUUGAAAAAGUGAAAGAGUUUUGUUUGGGGUUCUUUGUCAAACAAGAAAGUCUUGAUAUGAAGACUUUGACAGCAAUCGGAGAUUUUAAAGUCGAUCCCGAAGCAUUACAUGGAGAACCCGCCGAUUAUAAGAAAAUGAAAUUUGGCGUCUGUUUGAACAAAAUACAACUAGUGUUGACAAACGAGAAUAAAGUGAUUUAUAACUCAACAAUUAGUGAUGUAACCGCCAAAAUGAUUUUACGGCCUCAGGGUUUCAUUUUAACCGCCGAAAUUUCGGAUAUGAUGAUAACUGAAAAUUCCGUGGAAAAGGCGUGGAAUUAUAUUAUUAGAAAAAUAACAAAUGAGCCACUUGUUACGGCACAAGUAGACAUGAAACCACUUGAUAAUAAAGUUGAUUUAAGAAUAGGUGCAGAAGUUCAACAAAUUGAUAUAACGCUUUUUAAACAAUUUGUGAUAAAUAUGGCACUUUUCUUCCAAAUACCAAACACCGCAUCUUUGGAAAAAGCAAAACAAUUUACCGCAGACAAAUUCCAAGAUGUUUGGAACACCGUCCAAGAAAAGAUGGGCACACAAGGGUUGAAAACUAAAGAAGAGCCAAAACGAAAUGUAACAGAAAUCAAUGCGACAGUUCUUGCGCCAAAAAUUGCCGUUUUACUCGAUGAAACAAAAGAAGAAACUGAAAGCAUUUUAGUGAAUUUGGGUUCAGUAAAGGUCUCUACAGCGACAGAAAGCGAUUACGACAUUUUUAAUAUUAAUGUAACUGACGUUUCUAUCGCAACACAAAUUGUCAACGCAAAUUAUAUAUUGCCAAAGGCUGCAGACAAUUUCAUUGUAGAUCCAAUUUCGUUUGAAACCAUUUUUGGUAUGGGAGUGAAAAAACAAAGUAAUUUGCCGCAGAUGAAGUUGAGUGUUUUGUUUGAAAAAAUUGGUGUUGAAUUCAGUGUGAAACGAUAUGACUUUUUGGUGCAAUUUCUUCCAAAAUGGGGGAGUGGAUGGGAGAAGUUAAGUUCCGACCAUCGCAAUAUCGAAAAGGUUGAAGACAAAGAGAUGAAUGAAUACCUCAAAGUACUUGAGAAGAGUAAAGAAGAGGAUUUUAAAAAGAUGAAGUCACAAAUUGAACAAAUAGCUGUGAUGAAAAUAGAAGUUGGUAUUAAAGUGAUUGAACUUUCGCUCAAGAAAAAAGAGGAUGAAAUGAACGACAUUAUUCGAAUGGAAAUUUCUAACAUUCAACUUGGAAUUUUCCAAAAGACCUUUGAAAUGAAAGUUGAAGCGUUGGUACAAAAAAUUAAAAUCUUUGACUGUAUUUGCAAAAAUGAAAACUUUUUUAUCGCAACAACAAAUUAUUAUGACGAAGAAACGUUCUUUGAGGCUUUUGUCGAAAUGAUUCAAAAGGAAUCACCAAAUUUCAAAAAUUGCGAAAUGUUCGUUUUGGCAAACAUUCGGGACUUCCAUUUGGCUCUUCGUCCCGAAACUUUGGGAGAACUUGCACUCUUUGCGAUGAGUCUUGUGCCUCCAAAACAAAGCGCCAAAAGUUCAACAUCUGGCGAAAUUUUGAAAAGCCCAAAUGAAAAUGACGAACAACUGAGGAACAGUACCGAAGAAAUUACUCAAGUCCUUCAAAAUUACAAAAAUGGUAAAAAGUUACAUGAAAAAGCUAAAAAUUUGUUAGAGAAAUUGAAACGAGAAGAUCCACCAGAAUUACUUAAGAAAAUGAAAAUAGAAGUGAAUAUGAGAAAGAUUGGACUUGUGAUAUUGAAUGAAACAAAUGAAGUCCUUAAACUUGAAGUCCAAGAGAUCAAAGCAUCUAUUGCGAUGUAUGAGUGGGGGAUGUCAGUUAGAAGUUCAGUGCAAAGAUUAUUAGUUGUCAAUAUGGUGACUCAAGACGAGAAUAACAAGAAUGUAUUAGACACAGUGAACAACGAACAAUUGCUUUGCGCCAAAAUCAAAAUCAACAAUCUAACAAAGCAAUUGAGUGUUGGUGCAAUUGUAACACAAAUUACAACAAACGUCGACAUGAAUUUAAUUAAAGAACUUUUGAAGACGGUGAAGAAUGAAAAAUUCAUGAAAUCAAUUCGACACUCACAAGACUACAUUUCAGAAGGCAUUGAAGAUGAUAAUCAAAUGACAACAAAUGAAUGUGUUAAACCACGUGGAAUAAUUUGUUUGUCAGAUAAAAGUGAAUUUGAGUUACUCCCAUCAACAAUGAAAAUCACAUGUGAAAUUGCUGGCCCCAAAAUUAAAUUGCCAAUAAAUAUGGAUGCUGUUGACUUCCUCCAAAUCAAUAUGGGAAAUUUGAAAAUCGCGAAUCGUUCACAAAAAAGUGAUCCAAUUGUGUUCGAUAAAGUUAUUUACACUCCAAUUGUUGAAACGAUGAAAGUAAGUGUCGACUCAAUUCAAGUUGAAACAUCUAUUGAUACAAACAAAACAUACAUCGUCAAGGACAUUGUCAUUAACGCACAAAUGGAAACAUUCAAGUGGCCAGAAUGCUUCACUGAGGAGAUGAAAGAAAAUGGAUUUUUGAAGCUUAAAGUGAAUAUCGAUAACAUUGAAACGUACAUCUGCCCUCUUCAAAUUCAAAAACUCCUUGAAUUCUCAAAUUUUGCACAAGACUCGUUAACCGGAGAUAUUACAGAAGUUGAGGAAAUGUCUUCAAAUAAGAACAUGAAAGACGUUGAAAAGAAAGUAACACUGAAAUCUGAUAUUUCAACAGAGAAAAAGUACACAACAAACACAAAACAAACUGAUGGGACUAUCGAAUGGCCGCCAGUGGCAAAGCGCAAACCAAAACUCAUUGUGGAUGCUGCAAUACGAAAUGUGUGUUUGACACUCAACAAAACAAAUGGAGUAGUUGAGAACGAUAAAUUAAUGGCACUCAAUUUAAUUGGACUUAAGAGUCAAAUCGACAUGACAUAUGACGAAUUCAUUCAAGUUGGUCUUGUCGUUCACUCUCUUGAAAUUAAUGAUGUCAGAACAAUUGAAAACAAAACAAUUGCAUUGCGAAAAUGCGUUGGGUGCUUUGGGACAGAGGACUUGUUAACUACUCAAGUCAUGUUGUGUCUUCCACUCAAGUAUUACUCUGUUGACCAAUGCACAAUCGAACAACCAACUCUCUGCGUGCUUCCAGAUUUCAUUGGUGACGUUCUUUUCAUUGUUAAUGAAAUUACUAAUUUGCUACCAAAAACGCCUGUUAAGUCGGACGCCACACAAAUGGAUAAAACGUGUAAUACAAUUGACAACAAAGUGGCCGUGAGUGACGAUAUCAUUUUUAACACUAAUAACAUUUUAAGAAAAGUCGUUUUUGACGAUCGGAUGUCGACCAAAAUGACUAAACAAUCGUCUGGCUUCUUAAACUUCUUGAAAGUUGGGAAGAAAGACUCGAGCGAAACUGAUAAAUUGGAGGAUUUAACGAUGCUUGAGUUAUUGCGUCUGACAUAUACUCAAACACAAUCAAGUGAAGUAACAAAACAAAUCAAUUUUGAAGGUAAGUUGAAGACUUUGACAUUAAAAAGUGUUGAUUCUGAGAGUUUGAUAAGAACAAUUGUAACAAAGUACGCUGUUCCAGAAUCGACUGCUGUUGACUUCUUGUCCACUGCAUAUAAAUAUAAUAUUUUAGUCAGAUCAAACAAAGCAGACGACGAUCAGUUUGAGAGAAACAAAACGUACUUGUUCAAUCCAGUUAUUGCAGAGUAUUUCUCUGUGUUGAACAACCAAAAAGUUCCAGUCGAAACACAAGUCAUUAUGGAUCAAAAUGUGUCGCAACGAGUGCAAAAUGUAUUCGCCAAUGUCAACAUAAACCAAGCUACUUUGAUUGUCGUCAGUAAUGAAUUCGACCUGAAAGGGGAGUACAUUUUGGCACGAACAUCAUUGCAGGCUUCAGUCAAAAUGGCACAAGAGAAUAUGUACUUGAGCUCGUUUUUAAAAAUCCACAAUACGGACGUUCAUAGAGGUAUUCUCGAGAAUUUGGUCAAUCGUAACAUCAAAAAAGAACUUAUUUGCGACUCACUCGAAAUCACUGCACUCGCAAAGGUGUGGCAAGAAAACGAAAAAAUGUCGAUCAUGGCAAAUCUGAAUGGAACAAAAGACCUCAAAGUCUUUUUGAGUUUUAACGACAUAAACACAAUCAACACUGUAUUGGACCACAUCGUAAAGGGUCUUGACAAGAACAAGCCAGUUGAAAAUCAACCCAAACAAGAGGAACAACAAGUUGACAAUAAAAAUGAAAGUUUGAAACCUCUCGAUGAUGUAAAGACUGAUCUGAAAGAUGACAAAAACUUUGCAGAACCAGAGCCAAAGAACGAGACAGUCAUUUCUGCGAAUUUAAGUUUCAACCCAAUUGAAGUGUACUUGGUCAACGAUUUGAAUGGGCGAACACUCCCAUUACUCAAAGUGGAAGUGAAAAAUACAGAGGCUGAAUUUUACAUGGAAAAUAUGGUCAUUACCACCAAAUUUGGAACAAAUGUUUGUGUUAAGUUUUUCAAUGACUACCAAAUGCAAUUCGAGCCGUUUAUCUCCGAUUUUGGCGUUCGUGGUGAAGUGGAAGUGUACCAGAUUGGUAUUUCACAAAAUGUUAUUGGAAGUGUCAAAGUCGAUAAAAUCACUGUCAAUAUUUGCCACGCAACAAUUCUUUCUGCACUCAACACAGUUGCUUCUUUAAACAACAAAACAAAGAGUGAUAAAUCCGAAGUGUACUUGACGUACUUGAAUGAGACCGGAGAAAAAAUUUUGAUUGAAAACAACGACGAGUUUGCUUCCCUUGAAAACGACAAAGAGCUUCCUCUUGUUUUUGACUUUGAACAUGAGUGUCAAGGUAUUUCCACUGGUAGAAAUUUGAUAACAAAAGCGUUCCAAAAAGUCGUGAAAAUCGACAAUCAGAGUAUAUCCGUCGAUGCCAUCGUUUCGAAAAAUCCAAAGCUCUUCUUAAUAGAGAACAAAACCACCCAAACAAAGUUCAACCCGUUGAUCAGCGAGGUCGUGACAAGUGAAGACGGAAGAAAGAAACUCUAUUUACAUAGUGAUGUUAUGAUUGAAAACAAAACUGACUUCGCUUUGGAAUUUGUUGUUAAAAACACGCAAAACUCAACGUCUUUCAUCUCGGAAAAACAGACAACAAAAAGUCUUCCAUUGUGUUUAAGCCGCGGUGAGAUUUUCUUGAAAACCCAAAAUAAAGAUGGCGACUUCACUUCGAUUGGGCUGAUCGAGAAGUUUUUCACUGUCCAAUCCACAACCAAGUUUUAUUUGGGAAAGGAGAAAGAGACGAAACGAGUUGUUGUCUCGAUUCAUUCAAAGAAGGUUUUCGACGACCCUCGAAGUCAAAUGAUAGUCAUUAAAAUUACCCCAACGUUUACUUUACUAAACUCGACUCCUUAUGAUAUGACCAUCAAUGUGUCGGGUGGUACCACCAUUUUGAAUUCCUUAAAUACCGCCAAUUUCUAUGUCAGCAAAUCUGAAGUUGUCAACUUCUCAAUUUCGACGUAUCAAAAUCUCGAGAUUGACAAAACAAGUGAGGUGAUUGGAACGAUUGAACUCAAAAGCGCACAAAGAGCCGUGGAAGUAAAGGAUUCAAAAGGAAGACGAGGAUUUGUUUAUGCAGACUAUUUUACGUCGUUUUCUCACACUGAGAUCGUUCUGUAUGCCGCUUUCUAUGUAAUGAACUACUCAACACACUCACUGUUCUUUGCAACACCGGGAACAAUGUCGAAUAAAGAAUUGCCAGGACAAAAUGAGAAAGGGUUGCCACCAAAAGGAAUUCCGUUCUUGAUUUUGGGACAGGAAGAAAACCCAGCAGAUACAAAACUGAUGUUCCACACCGAAUUUUCCGACUUUGGAAAAAGUGGUGACGCACUUCCAACGAGUGAAGUCGGGUUUAAAAAGGUUGUGGACUGUCCAAGAAGAAUCCCCAAUAAUAUAGACUGUAUAAGAUACGAAGUUGCGAUGAAUGGAAGAAACUACACAAGAACAAGACAAAUCAAAAUUUAUGACAAUUACAUUGCUGCAAAUUCAACCAAAUUUGAUAUUAAAAUUUGUGCAGGCGGUGUUGAAAACUUUGUGAAGUGUAAGCCCGAAAAUUACAACGAGAAAGACUUUGAAAAGAUGUGCUGCAAGUCGCUUCUUGUUGGGGGUGAUGACCGCAAUUUCCAAAUUGGCAUCAACGGAGAAAAGUCAAUCGAAUUUCCGAUGAACGAAGUUGGUGAAUAUCCGUUGGCCAUGAAGUGUGGCAAAUUUGACGUUUCGGUGAAAGAAUUCAAACACUUGACGUACAUUUGUUUGUAUGAACGAAGUGAAUCAAGUCCACCAUACAGGAUCAUUAACAACAGUAAAUUGGAUGUAACUGCGAGCCAGGAUGGACAAAAUACUGAAAUCAAAGCACAACAAAAAAUCGGGUUUUACCUUCCAAACCCACGCAAGGAACCCGUCAUCAAAUUGAAAAUUGGAACAAAAGAAGAGAAAAUUGAUUUUAACAAAAUCGACAAGAGGUAUAAGAGCAUCGAAGGAAUUGGCAUUAAGGUGAUUGUGUUGGAAGGGACACGAACAUUGUUGAUAGACCAGGAUGUUCGAAGCAACGACGAGAGGUCUACAAAACAAACAAACGUGAGAAUGAAUUUGUUGGUUGAGGGUGUUGAAGUCAACCUGUCAAACGAAUGGCCAGACGAUUUGUUAUCGGUGACAUUGGAAAAUAUCGAAGCAGAUGUCUCCAUCGCUGGAAAGCAACUGAAAGCGAUUUUGAACGUCGAUGACUUCCAAAUCGAUAACAUGGCUCUUGACACGCCGUACCCAGUUUUGUUAUGCAAACACAAAGAGGAAAAAAGUGAAAAGAAGCAAGUCCUCCAUGUUACUCUCAUCAAACGAGACGUUGGCGAUAUACAAACAUUGCAGUUCGAGUACUUUACUGCACUGUUGCAACAACUGGACAUAAUGGUCGACGGUACUGCUCUGUUUGGAAUUUUGAACUACGUUUCGAGCCUGCCAUUCAACAAAGUAUUACCGGAAAAGAAGGGCGAUUACAACCCAUACCUCCCAGAAAUCCCACCAAAAACACCACCAGUGUACUUGUUUUUCAAAGAUUUCCAACUCCAGCCAAUGAAAUUUGUUUUAACUUUUAAACUCGGGUCGGCAAGUUUGGAACUGUUGCCUUACAACGCAAUGACCGCACUCAUUCACACAUUUGGCUCGAUGCUUGGCAAUUUGGACCACUCGCCAAUCUCAAUCAACAACUUCUUUGUUGCCAACUGCUACGAAAAAGUCGACCGUUUUGUUUCGAUGAUUGUGAACCACGUCACCAUGCAGGUUGUUAAAGAUUUGUAUCUCUUACUUGGUUCUGCCGAUUUCCUUGGAAACCCAGUUGGGUUGGUCUCAAAUGUUGGUAGUGGAGUGAAGGCGUUUUUCUAUGAACCAAUUCAAGGAUUGACAGUCUCUCCAGGCGAGUUUGCUUGUGGCGUUGGCAGAGGAUCAAAGAAGCUUUUAACCUCAACAGGGAGUGGUGUGCUCAACAGUGCGAGUAAGAUUGGAAACACUUUGGCUACUGGUGUGGCUGGACUUACAAUGGAUGAAGAGUACAUUCAGGAACGUCAAAGAAAAAUGAACAAGAAAGACAAAGGGCUUGUUGGAGGAUUGACAAGUGGUUUGUCAAGUUUCGGAAAUGGCCUUGUCGGAGGGGUGAAAGGUGUGUUUGUUGAUCCGCUCAAAGGUGCCAAAGAUGGUGGAAUAAGUGGGUUUGGAAAAGGCAUUGGAAAGGGUGUUGUUGGUCUUGUUACAAAGCCAAUUACUGGAGCUGUCGACUUAGUAUCAUCCACCGCGGCUGGGGCAGCAGAAAGCAUCAACGGAGAUGAGAAAGAAAAGAGAAAGAGAGAUCCAAGAAUUUACUGUAAUGAAAAGGGGAUGAGAAAUUACACAUGUGACAUACAAAAAGAUAAGUUGGUGAGCGGUGAUACGCCAGAAGAUUGCAUUAAACAGAUUUGCAAGAACAGCAAAGAAGGUAUUGAAGAAACAGAUGAGAUUGAUGAUGGAGAUAUUUUGGUAUUGACAAAUCAAAGAAUUUUUGUGUUGGACACUCAACAUUUACACUUCAAAGACGGAGUUGAUCUGAGCGAGAUCAAAACAGUAUCGAGUGGGAUGGACGGUAUUGAUGUUAUAUUAAAGAGUGGUGAAAUAAUGAAAAUUAAAUACAACAAGCCAAUCAAGGCAGCAACUUUGCAAAACAGAAUUAAAAAGCAUAUUCCUACUGCGGACGCAUCAGUUUCAACACCCAAAGAAGAAGCGAAACCAAAAGAAAGUCCAAGAGAAAACAGUAAAUCAAGAGACUUUUUAAAGAUGUUUGGAAAAACGUCUAGUGCCAAAAGUGAUGAAAAAAAGAAAGAAGAGGAACAACACAAAUUGACAGAAAGUAAAAGCGCGCAAGCAUUUGGAACAAAACAGAAAACUCCAAGAUCAAAUGAAAGUGAUAAAUUGAAGGUAGAAAUUACAGCCUCACAAAGCUCAGAAUCAUUGGCGGCGUCAUGCGCUACUUCACAUGAAACAAAUAAAAGUUCUUCAUCAGAUUCAGAGUCAUCAAACAAUUCUGCAACCCUUGUGACAUUUGAGGAGAAUAGUACAGAAGGAAUUAAGUCGGAAAAGAUAGAGAAAAAGCACCACGGUUUGAUGUCGAAACUCAAAGAAAAGAAUGAAAAAAGGAAGUCACAAAAAGUGGAAGAGAAAAAAGUGAAGGAAGAAGCCAAGAAAGAGAAAAAGGAAGAUGCCCAAAGCGAGGACAAAGAAAAGAAAAAGAGAUUUGGUCUAUUUUAA